AUGAAUUCAAAAUUCUUUCAUGAAGAGUAUGACUUCUUUCUCCUGCAGGUUGGAAAAGAGACUGUGCAGACAACAGAAGACCAGAUCUUGAAAAGGGAUAUGCCACCAGCGUUUAUCAAAGUGGAGAAUGCCUGCACCAAACUUGUUCGGGCAGCCCAGAUGCUGCAGGCAGAUCCAUACUCAGUACCAGCUCGUGACUACCUAAUUGAUGGAUCAAGAGGUAUCCUCUCUGGAACAUCAGACUUGCUUCUGACAUUCGAUGAAGCAGAGGUCCGUAAAAUCAUCCGUGUCUGCAAAGGAAUAUUGGAAUAUCUGACUGUGGCGGAAGUGGUAGAGACAAUGGAGGAUUUGGUGACAUACACCAAAAAUCUAGGGCCAGGAAUGACAAAGAUGGCCAAAAUGAUUGAUGAGAGACAACAGGAAUUAACUCAUCAGGAACAUAGGGUUAUGCUGGUAAACUCCAUGAAUACCGUGAAGGAGCUAUUGCCAGUACUUAUUUCAGCUAUGAAGAUUUUUGUAACCACAAAAAAUUCUAAAAGCCAGGGAAUAGAAGAGGCCUUGAAAAAUCGCAAUUUCACAGUAGAGAAAAUGAGUGCUGAGAUAAAUGAAAUAAUUCGUGUAUUGCAACUCACUUCCUGGGAUGAAGAUGCCUGGGCAAGCAAGGACACUGAAGCCAUGAAAAGAGCUUUAGCCUUAAUAGAUUCAAAGAUGAAUCAGGCAAAAGGUUGGCUGAGAGAUCCAAAUGCACCACCAGGGGAUGCUGGUGAGCAAGCAAUAAGGCAGAUCCUUGAUGAAGCUGGAAAAGCAGGAGAACUGUGUGCAGGCAAAGAACGCAGAGAGAUUCUGGGAACAUGCAAAACUCUGGGACAGAUGACUGACCAGCUGGCUGACCUCCGAGCUAGAGGACAGGGUGGCACACCCAUGGCUAUGCAGAAAGCACAGCAGGUGUCACAAGGUCUGGAUUUGCUGACUGCGAAAGUGGAGAAUGCUGCCCGAAAACUGGAGGCCAUGACAAACUCUAAGCAGGCAAUUGCUAAGAAGAUUGAUGCUGCUCAGAAUUGGCUUGCAGAUCCCAAUGGGGGCAGUGAAGGAGAAGAACAUAUCCGAGGAAUUAUGGCUGAAGCAAGGAAAGUUGCAGAGCUAUGUGAGGAACCUAAAGAAAGAGAUGAUAUCCUUCGUUCCUUGGGGGAAAUCUCUGCUUUGACAGCUAAGCUGUCAGAUCUGCGGCGACAUGGGAAAGGUGACUCUCCUGAGGCUCGUGCAUUGGCUAAGCAAAUAGCUACAUCACUUCAGAAUUUACAGUCCAAAACAAACAGGGCUGUAGCAAAUACUAGGCCAGUUAAAGCAGCUGUGCAUUUGGAGGGCAAGAUUGAGCAAGCUCAAAGGUGGAUAGACAACCCUACAGUUGCUGAUCGGGGAGUAGGCCAGGCAGCAAUUCGGGGUCUGGUGGCAGAAGGUCGUCGUUUAGCCAACGUCAUGAUGGGACCUUAUCGCCAAGACCUGCUUGCCAAAUGUGACCGUGUAGACCAACUGUCUGCUCAGCUGGCUGACCUGGCAGCAAGAGGGGAGGGAGAAUCUCCUCAGGCCAGAGCAAUUGCUGCUCAGCUUCAGGACUCACUGAAGGAUCUUAAAACACGGAUGCAAGAGGCAAUGACCCAGGAAGUUUCUGAUGUUUUUAGUGACACCACAACUCCUAUUAAAUUGCUAGCAGUAGCAGCCACUGCUCCCUCUGAUGCUCCCAACAGAGAUGAG